CCGGCUGACACCAGCAGCACUUGUAGUCUUGAGAGGACCGCUUCCGGUUACUGGUAAUGGUGGAUCUCCGUAUUCUUUCCGUCUAAUUCUCUUCUCGUUGUCUCAAGGAGAAGAAGAACAAUGGAUCCCGUGGGGGAAGACAUUGGUCACAACAACAACAUCGACAACAACACUAACAGCAAUCGCCAGUUCACCCCCGCCGCCUCCGUCGUCAAAGGCAAGAGGACAAAGCGGCAGAGGCCAGUCACAGUGGCCGCCACCGUCCCGGCUUCUUCGGCCGAGCUUUCGAGCAGCCCCAUCGAGGACGACGACGAGAACAUGGCCAACUGCCUUAUCCUCCUCUCUCGGGGUCACUUGUCAGACACUGAAACGACGGCGGAGGAAGCCAUCACCGAAGCCGCCACGGCGACCCAGGCGAAGGCCGGGUUCUGCUUCUACCGGUGCAAGACGUGCGACAGAUGUUUCCCAUACGUCCAGGCUCUCGGAACAAGAAGCCGAAGGUUGCACCCCUCCACGAAGACGGUCCUCGAGUAAGCAUGGAUUCCAUAUGCGGGUCGGAGUUCUUGACCGGGCAGGCUCUCGGCGGCCACAAGCGGCGGCACCGGCCCAUAACAGCGGCCGAGUCAACCGAAGCCAAGAAGGACAAGAACGUCCUC